GAAUCUGACAACUGACAAGCAGAUACAAGGAUUAACAGGAGGAGGAAAGAGUGCAGAGAGAGAGAGAGAGAGAGAGCGGCACUGAGACAGGCUUGGAUCCGUUUACCGCCGCUAACACAGACCACAUCUCUGAAAUAACCUCAGUCCUUACAACAGUUGGAUGGCCAUGGCAUUGGCUACUGCCUUCCUAUCUGAAGACCAGUUCACCUGCUCGAUUUGUCUGGAAGUGUUCAACAACCCAGUGUCAACACCAUGUGGCCACAGCUUCUGCCAGGCCUGCAUCUCCUCCUACUGGGACAGAGGAAGAGGAGGAGGGGGCGCUGCCAAGUCCUACCAGUGUCCCCUCUGCAAGGAGUCCUUCCGCAAGCGACCAGAGCUUCAUAUCAACCGAACCCUGAAGGAAAUCACUGAACAGUUCAAGUGGAUGGCCAGCUCUGGACUUUCAAUGGAUGGAAGAGGUGAAGUGGAGGAUUCCAACUCACACCCUCACCAUCAUCAUCAUCACCCGAGCCUGUCUCUGGCCCAGAAGCCGACUGAGAUGCCGGAGAGCAUCUUUGCUGAGAUGAUGACUCGUUUUCAGCAGCUGCAGACUCCUGGGGGGUCUGCUCCCACCUUUCUCCCUCCCAGUGACUCUCACCCACUAAGCCCCAGUCCAGUCAAUGCUCACCUGUCUUUCCAGGCUCAGAACAAUGAGUACAACGACCUGCCUCCACCCUACUCACCUCCCCGCAGGUACACUCUGAGUGGCCCCAGUGACUCCUCCCCCAGUCUGCCUCUGUGUCCCAUCCACCUCAGAGCUCUGGAGUUCUUUUGUCGGACUGACAACACCUGUGUCUGCAGCGUAUGUGUGGAGGCAGCAGAGCACCGAUUGCACCACGUCAUCCCUGCCAAAAGAGAGUGGCACAUCAAGAAGUCCCAGUUAGGUAUUUCAGAGGUGGAGCUGAAGGAUCUAAUCGGUGUCAAAGAGAGGAAAGUGGAGGAAAUACACACCUCCUUACGAGAGAUACAGGCUGCUGCAGAAAGAGAGACAGAGGGAGCGGUUUGUGCCUUCUCCAAGCUGAUCUCCAGUGUGGAACGCUGCCAAGCUGAAGUCUUGGAGGUGAUCGAGAUGAGUCUGCGAUCGGCUGAGCACAGAGCUCAGAGCCUGCUCAGAGAGCUGGAGGAGGAGAUAGCCGAGCUAAAAAAGAGGAGAACAGCACUGAGCCAGCUGGCAGUGUCUGAAGACUACAUACACUUUCUCAAGACGUUCCCCACCCUGUCCACCUUUCCACAGACAAAGGACUGGUCCGGUGUCUCUGUGGCAUCUGAGCUGACCUCGGGGGGGAUUCUCAGGACUGUCAAUGAUAUGAUGGAACACAUUGUGGAAGAGAUGCGAAAACUGCCAGAAGUCUGCCAGCGACCCUCAUUGGAGCAACCUGUACCCAGGCCCAACCCAAAGAUAAGGAGGGUUCAAGAAUAUGCAGCCAACAUCACUUUAGAUCCCCACACGGCCCACCCACGUCUCGUCAUCUCAGUAGAUGGGAAGCAGGUGCACUGUGGGGACCGCCAUCAGCCGGUACCAGACAACCCAGAGCGCUUUGAUCGGGUGGUGUGUGUGCUGGCCCGCGAGGGCUUCAGCUCAGGACGGCAUUACUGGGAGGUGGAGGUGGGAGGAAAGACUGACUGGGACCUGGGAGUGGCAAGCUGGUCCGUCAAUCGGAAGGGCAAAAUCACUGUAAGCCCCGUCCAUGGCUAUUGGUUCCUCAGUCUGCGGGAUCAGAGUGACUACGCCUUCCGAACAGAACCCUCAACCAGCCUGACCCUCAACCUUAGACCAUCACGGAUUGGAAUUUAUGUGGACUGCGAUAAGGGACUGGUGUCCUUUUACAACGUUGAGGCCAGAGUGCUCAUAUAUACAUUCACAGAUACUUUUCCUGACACCAUCCAUCCAUUCUUCAGCCCAUGUACUAAUAAAUCAGGAAGGAAUGAGGCUCCAAUAACUAUUUGCCCUGUUGACAGAUUGACAUGAGUGAACCAUUUAAGGAGAUCUUUGUACUGUAAUGCAAAGGGUUUUUUUGCAUCGCGAAUUGCAAAUUACUAAAGAUAUUGAUCAAGAAUGUUUUUUUUAUCUUACAAAGUUAAGUUAAUUUUACUUACAUUUUCAACGUAAUAAGUUUUAAAAAUGUUUUAUGUUAAAUUAACUUAUCUGAUUUUCCAGUGUAGUAAUGAAUCCCUCAUGCAUCCUGUAUGUUGGGCAAAGAUGACCAGAAGUACCUCUGAUCACAGCAGCAUUUCACUCCUUCAUUGCAAUCGGGUAGAUAAUGAUUGGCCCAUUUGUUAACUUAGGUAGUUUUAGACUAGGGUGCCACUGAUGUGCCUGUGUUAGCCUUGGCUAAUGUCAAUACUUUUAGACUGAAGUCAGCAGUAGCCAAUAUUUCUGAUGUUUGGCCCUGUUUAGCCCUGAAAGUUUUCAAGUAUUCAUGUUUAGUGUAUCUUAUGGACAUUUUGAUUUUCUUUUCAGAAACGGAUAGUAAAAAACAAAAAAAGUGGUUAUGUGAUUU